AUGCGUCAGGUCAUUAAGGACAUCCAGUGGGAUUUUCGGCGUCUUCGGGCCUCUUUUCCCGACUUAAUCAUAGUCUGGUCAGAUAUUGUGGCUCGUAUGGCGUGGAGGGAGGCUCGGUCGCUGGAAAGGUUGGAUAAGGCCCGUAUUAAAGUAAACAGGGAGGUGGGCAGGCAUGCCAAUGUGAGCAGCAAAGCCAUUGAGCCAACAUGGGUUCCAUUCAGCACCACAGUGUCCAUAGAAGAGAGGCUGUCCUUCUCCUUGAGGCUAAUGACUGAGGACUGGAGUGGCCCUAGAAGUUCUCCCAUCUAUCAGCUUGGAGAUAUUCUCUACAUAGAGGCCUCUGUGGACACUCAGAACCACGUUGGGCUGAUCCUGUAUGUUGACCGAUGUGUGACCACCAUAUCUCCUGAUCCCACCUCUUCUCCUAGUUAUGGCCUCAUUGAAGAAAAUGGCUGUCUAGUUGAUGGAAUGCAAGAUGACGCCUCUUCAGCCUUCAUCACCCCGAGGGUUGAGCCAGACAAGCUCCAGUUCACAGUGGAUGCUUUCCGAUUUCUAGGAAAUGAUGCCUCUCUGAUCUACAUAACCUGUUACCUGAGAGCUGCUGCAACCACCCAGGUCCCUGAUGCCAUGACCAAGGCCUGUUCCUAUAGCAAAGCCACACAAAGCUGGUCUGCAGUUGAGGGCCCCAGCAGUAUCUGCCAGUGUUGUGGUACAGGCACCUGCAGCAACCCUACUAAUCUGGUUUCUGGAGGAAGGGGCAGAUUUGGAAGGCCAAGAGGCAAGAGGGACGUCUUGGAUGAACCCCACACAGAAGAGGGACAAACUGUGACCACUCUGGGACCUCUGCUUGUGAUUGGACCUUCACAAAGGGAUGUUGCGGCUGCAGUGACGAGGGAAGAGUCUGCCCCUGCGGAGCUCUGGGUGUUGGUGGCUGUCGGAUGUCUUAGUCUUCUUGUUGUCAUGGUGUGUACAGUGUUCAUUGGGAAGUCUCUGAAAAAGCCACAGUAUCUGCUGGUGCUGUUGGCAGGGGUCUCUGGUUCCUGA